AUGAGGCCACUCCUGCUGUUUCUGCUUCUGGCCGCUCUGUGCACUGACCUGGCCCGGGCCCUUCACUGUCACGUGUGCUGUGGCCACAAGGACUGCGAGUCUCUGGUGGAGUGCGCCCCAACUGACAAGUACUGUGUGAUCACGCAGGCCACAAACCCUGGCGGCAUCCUGGUCAUGAAGUCCUGCUCCCCGGUGUGCCCCAACAGCACAAUGUCCUCGGACGGCCGCACCCUCUCUGUCUCCUGCUGCCAAGGCAGCCAGUGCAACCGCAACGCGGCCGCGGGCCUGGCGGGCAGCCACGGGGCUCUGUGGCUCAGCGCCUCCGUCAGCCUGCUGUGGGCGCUGCUCCGGGCGGCCUGCUGA